AAAGCAACCCGUUCUUGUCGUGAUUGGAUUGGAGAGAGCCCGCGGUGAGGGUGAUUGCGCGCUGGAUCGGAGAUGGGUUUGUCGAGAAGUUGGGUGAUGGCGUCGGAAGUCGGUGGACUGGAUUCCUUUGCCUAUCUGUCCGUAGCUCCAGGUUUCCGUAGAGCGGGCGUAGAAAUUGGGGGUGGGAGGUUUGCAGGGUCUGGGUGGUUGUGUGGUUCGGAUUGUGGAGAUUCGGGGGGGAUUGUCUGAUCCCUAACCAAUUUUGAGGUGGUACGAGUGACGUUGAGCGCACAGAUGGGGAUAGCUGUUAGGUUAAGCGGUAGAAGUGGAGCGAAAGGUGCACUGCCGGAUUGCGGUGCGGAUCUGGCACGAUUCGUCGUUUUGCUCGAUUGUGUGCGGGACGCGCCGUUAUGGCAAUAGCGUGGUGAGGCUUAGGUCGCGGAUCUGUGCACGGUGGGUUGGGAAGCGGAGAUUGUGCGAUGGUCGAUACAGGCACGGCUCUGUUUCAGGUGGAGUGUCGGCGGUGGGCAGGAGAGUGGUGGAGUCCCGGUUUGGCACUCUCAAUUGACGGGCCACGAGGAAUGCAAUGUUGGUGAGGUCGUAGCGGGGGUAGAGUUCGGUGGUGGCGGCGACCGGGCCGGUGGUUGUCGGCGCUUGGUACUUCCACUGGCCGAGCUGGUGGAGCUGCGGAGGCACGCUUGACAUGGUGAGGGACGGCGUGUGGAGGUGCAAGGGUCAGUGGGAGACCUAAGCGCCCAGCCGAUCCACGGGUGUGACGGAUUUGUCUGGGCUGGGGUGCGCGAGGGUGGGUUGUUGGCAUUGGUUCGGCGAGACGGGCGUGGGCGGCGUUGGAAGGGGAGAGAACGGAGCGCAGGUGGAUCGCGAGUGUGAGUGAUGGCGGAGAGGAACGGCAGCCCUCUGCUGGGGCGGCAGAGAAGCGUGGGCAUGCCUCCUCCGCGAUCCGGGCAGGGGGCGGGGUCGGGGUCGGGUUCGAUCAACUCCGUGAAGAAGAGCCAGAAUUACGCGGCCAAGGCCGCGGCAGCGCGGCUGGCGCAGGUGAUGCAGGCGAAUCGCGAUUCCAUAGACGACGAGGAGGAGGACAUGGACAUUCCCCGUUACAGUCCUUACAUCCCGAGCGCGAGGGAUUCUUCGAGGGAUCAGUCUCCUCACUUGGCUCCCAGGGGGCGGUAUGACAGCAGUCCUGCGACUCUGGGGAGCACGUUGCGGCCGUCUGCGAACCCCCGGGGUGCGCUGCGGCCGACGACUCUGGUCGCUGCACAGCAGGCUGCAGUGCAGCGACCGCGGCCGGUGCUGCCCCCGGCUGCGGCGAGGUCGACGUCUCCGACGCCCGAGCCGCUGGUGGAUCGCGCGCGGAGGUUCUCGUCCGAUUCGCUGCCUUCGUCGUCUGGGAGCGGGCGCGAUUCGUCGGGACCGAAUUCGAGGAGAGAAACGGCCGCUCUGCGCGACGAGAUUGACAUGCUGCAGGAGGAGAACGAGACGCUGCAGGACAAGCUGCGGAUGGUGGAGGAGAGGUUGGCGGAGAGGGAGCUGCGGUCGCGGGAGCUGGAGAAGCAGGUGACCGCGCUGGGAGAGGGGAUCUCGCUGGACUCGCGCAUUCUGAACAGGAAGGAGCAGUUUCUGAAGCAGCGCGAGGCCGCCCUGAAGGCCGCGAAGGAGCAGAGCAAGGAUGUGAAGGACGAUGAGAUCGCGGCGCUGCGGGAAGAGGCGGAGAUGGCGAGGGAGGAGGCGGUGGCGGCAUCGGAAGCGGCUCGGGAGGUGGAAAUCGAAGUGAAGGCGCUGCGGACGAUGACGCAUCGGAUGAUUUUGACGCAGGAGGAGAUGGAGGAGGUGGUGCUGAAGCGAUGCUGGCUGGCGCGGUACUGGGAUUUGGCGGCGAAGCAGGGGAUACACCCAGAGAUCGCGUCGGGGAAGUCGGACUUCUGGUCGUCGCUGGCGCCGCUGCCGCUGGAGGUGGUGCUGUCGGCGGGGCAGCGCGCGAAGGAGGAGCCGAGAGGCGGGAGCCGACAGAGCGCGGCAGCGAAUGCGACGAAGGGGAGGACGCGGGACGUGAACGACAUCACCGGGGAGGGCAACAUCGAGAGCAUGCUGGCGGUGGAGAAAGGGCUGAGGGAGCUGGCGGCUCUGAAGGUGGAGGACGCGGUGAUGCUGGCGCUGGCCCGUCACCGGCAGAAGGCGGACGCGCGGCAGUCGAUGGACGGGCUGAAGGGGCCGGACGCAUUCGAGCUGAGCCCGGCGGAGGUGGAGGAGGUGCAGUUCAAGCAGGCGUGGUUGGUGUACUUCUGGAGGCGCGCGAAGACGAACGGCGUGGAGGCGGACUACGCGGACGAGUGCAUACAGCUGUGGAUCAGCCGGGCGAUGAUGCAGCCGACGGUGCGCGACCUGGUGGACGUGGAGCGCGGCUUGAUGGAGCUUCAGAAGCUGGGGGUAGAGGAGCAGCUGUGGAACGUAUCGCGGAGGGAGAUAGCGAACGAGGCCGCGAACCAGAAGGUGGAUGUGCUGGAGGCGCUGCAAGCGCCGAGCAGCUUGCAGAGGGUGACGAGCGCGCCCACUCUGCAGUAGGGGGGGGGGGGGGGGGCAACGUGGA